AUUUCAACGAGACACUCGACAACAAGGCUGCAAUGGGAAGGGGAAGCCAGACCACGAGUCAAUCAAGGGAAUGAGUUUAAUGCUACAGCCUCCCACCACCUGUGGGAGUCACUUCCCCUGAGCCGUGCCCAGGCCCAGCCCGCAGCCACAGUCGCUCUGCGGCCCAGCACAGUCUGGGGACACGCAGGUGAGCGUCAGGAACAGCAGCAGCCCAGCAUGUGACAAGAAGGAGGGCACAGGCCACGCCAGGAAAAAGGACUUCGCCUGACCGGACGGUGCAGGAUAUAUUGGACACACACUGAGCACUGCUUGGACACAGAGGAGAAACAUGCAAUAUUGCCGACAGGAAGAAAACCAGAGAGAGAGGAACGUGUGAAUGAAGGGCCAGGCUCCGCUGGAGAUGACGGUCCUCCUUGUGUUCCUCCUGGCCGUGGGCCCGCUGCAGGUGGAGGCAAAUGCCACCGGGGUGGAGAGACAAGGCAACCUGAGGUGUCAUGUUUGUGAGGAAAUCAGUACUGUGACAUGUAGACGCGCAACUGAUUGCUCCGCUGGCAAUACGUUUUGUGUGACUGCUGUCACGCGAAUAUUAGUGCGUUUCUUCUACGUUUCCAGGCAGUGCACGAAGUUUUGUCCAGCAAUCAGUGCAGACAACCUCAUUUUCAAGCCCUUCGUACUGGAAAAGCCUAUGCCCUUCCUCUACGCUUCGUGCUGCACAACGUCAUUAUGCAAUACAGAUCGGCCAGAGAUCACUGACUCGGAGUGGUACUACACCCACAAAGACGAACCGCGAGUCACGCCCAAGGCCGGUGUGCGUGUGUGCAGCGGCAGCCCUGCGCUGGUGCUCCUCCUGACACUCACCUCCCUGUCCCUGGGUCUCAGACGGUCCUGAGCCACGGAGCCGUGCGGGCGGGGCCUCCACGUGGCUCAGAUGGUGUGACUCCCACAGAUG